UCUACCUGAGCACUUGAAUGUUUGAUUGAGACCAGAAAUGGCCGAAAUUGAGUAGGCAGAGGCUGCAGUUAGUUGGUCAUGUUUUCGGCUAUAUCGUGAGGCGACGAGCGGCCCUGCGGACCGUGCCGCCUCCGCCAGUACGUUCAGGCCUCCAGGAAGGCCCCGCGUCCCCUUUGACCCCGAAUCGACCCUGGUUCGAGGGGCGAAUCCGAGAUGUUUUUCCAGACGUCGAGCACCAACAAAAACAAGGAUGGAGUGGUGAUGAGGGAGAAGAAGGGCUCUAUGAGUCGGGUCCAAAGACUCAAGAAGAGGCUGAGCCACAGUUUUGGCAGACUAAGUAUCGCCAACUGCGAGCUGGAGAGUGAACAUCAGGACAAGUGGACGAGAAACAAAAUGCCCUACAACACUUACUCGGACGAAUUCCUCGACCGAAUCGAGCCAAAUGGCAAUAUUCCCCACCAGCACUGUGAUAAGGAUUCACUCCACUGUGAGUGGCCACUUGGCGACCGCGAUCGCGUCCGUCGCCAGCUAUCUGUGUCCAGCGACUCAAAGUUGUUAGACGACGAUGUACGAGAGGAGGCGAAAGUGAUUAUGAGACCGAAAAAGCCGCCGAGACCAAAAUCUGAGGUCUUCCUUAACAGGUCCGCUAGCUCCACAAAGCGGUAUUCAGCUUUUGGCGGGGACUCGCCGUUUGGUCGAGCGGAUGCUUACGUCAAACUAGAGCAACUCGGGGAAGGAUCUUACGCAACUGUGUUCAAGGGUUAUAGCAAUUUAACUGGUCAGCCAGUAGCUCUUAAGGAGAUCCGUUUGCAAGAAGAGGAAGGUGCUCCUUUUACAGCCAUAAGAGAAGCAUCUUUACUCAAGGGUCUGAAGCACUCGAAUAUUGUGACCUUGCACGACAUCAUUCAUACCAGAGAAACCCUCACCUUUGUCUUUGAAUAUGUUCACACGGACUUGAGUCAAUAUAUGGAACGCCACCCUGGAGGCCUGAGUACGAAGAACACGCAGCUCUUUCUUUUCCAGUUGCUGCGAGGGCUGAAUUAUUGCCACAAACGAAGAGUCCUUCAUCGUGAUGUUAAGCCGCAAAAUCUUCUUAUCAGCGAAAUUGGCGAAUUGAAGCUCGCCGAUUUUGGUCUCGCCCGUGCCAAGAGUGUGCCAAGCCACACGUACUCGCAUGAGGUGGUUACCCUGUGGUACCGACCUCCCGACGUGCUUCUCGGCUCCACGCACUACUCGACAUCCCUGGACAUGUGGGGAGUCGGUUGCAUUCAUCUUGAGAUGCUCACCGGAGUGCCGGCCUUCCCUGGAGUGCGUGACGCCUCGGACCAGCUUGACAAAAUAUUCAAGGUUCUAGGCACUCCAACCGACGACACAUGGCCAGGUGUAAGCAGCUUGCCUGGCUAUGUGCCUCACAAACUGUGCUACUACCAGCCGCAACGACUGGGUCGGGUAUUCCCUCGGCUACACGACGCCUCGGAAGGGGAGAGCAUGGCCUGCUCGCUCUUGCAACUCAAUCCCGAGCGGAGGAUCAGUGCUGACAGAGCAUUACGACACCCGUACUUUGCCUCGCUACCCAAGAAACUUCAUGAGCUGCCUGAUGAAGCCUCGGUCUUCUCCGUGGAAGGCGUUGUGUUGGGUGCAGAACGGCCGUGGUGGAACAAGUCCAAGGCAGCCUCUUCCUCUUACUGUGACUAAGAUUGAAACUCAUUUUACUAACACAUCCCUGCCUGGUAAAAUAACGCGCGCAUAAUGUUACACUUACAAACGAGAUGCUCAAGAGAACGAACUAUUUAUGAAAAGAGAGACGAGAACGCACGGCGGUUUCUGUGAAUCAAUAUUACAAAAGGUGUGCUGCAUAUUUGUUGAAUAGGCGAAACAGGAUCAUUCUAUUGUCUCGCGAGCGGCGCGCAGAGGUUGAAAAUUGUUGCACUCCCAUUUGAUAGUUCGAAAUUUUGAUUUUUGCUGCGGCUCCGUCGUCGGGCCCAAAAAUUGAACUGGAACUCUGCUACGCACUCGCUAAUUAAUUAUUAUCUUUUGAUUAUACACAAACAAAGUGUUGUUGAUACGAAUUUUGGCUACUAGCCAAAAAUGUUGUCUCGAUUAGAAGAAUGGGUCGAGUCCCUAGACUGUAGAACAGAUCUGGUUAUACUAUAAAGUUGGUGGCAGGAUUUUUGGGAGACACCUGCGCGGGGUUUAAACAAACUUUGUAAAGAAACUUUGCCGUCUUUCAAAUUUUAAUCGAGUAAGAGCCAAUUUUGACGAUUCCCUCAAUUGGAGAUAAUUUUCAAGUGACAAGACAUUCUCUCUCUCGCAUUUUGCCAUGUUUUUUAGACAAAUCGUUCUUGCUGCUGACUCCGAAUUUUCUCAAAUCCACAGCUAUACCGGUGCAGCCCCCUGAUUAGCUUUUAACGUCUGUCGUCUGUAUUCAAAUCGCGGUGCUUGGUUCGUACAAAUAUGUGUGUAUACUUUAAGAUCAGUUCGGUUCGACUGAAAUCUUCUUGUCACUUUGAGAAUCGACGCUGUUCAGCCACUUGAUGUUUUUGCAGACCCCAAGUAAUAUAGGAGGAGAAGCAGUAGUUGUGUUUUUUCGAGAGGAGACAAUCCAUGAUCAAUGAAUAUUUAUUGUAAAAUAUUCAAAAUAGCUAUACAUUAAUUCUAUCUAGCACCAACGAACUAUUUAUUUAGAUAGAAAAGGCCAUCACGCAUUCCCUGGUUCACUUUUCAUCGUCGCAUUGAAAUUUGUAAUGCGUGAACACGACGCAAAUUCAUUUACAUGAUAAAAUGUGAUUUUCCAUCGCGCAACUCAGGAACUAAAAUGUGCUAAAUUUUGGCAUGGAAUGCGUGAAUAUUGAAACUGUUGUGUAAAUUUUGGUCUAAUUCAUGUACACGAGCGCAAUACAUCCAGUCUUCUGUAAAACUAAGUGCUAAAAAGUAUUACAAAUUUUCAGACGUAAUUGCGUGUCAUUUUGUUCUCAUCAAUUAUUGACAUUCCUCGAGUGCACUCGAAAGUUGUAUUAAGAAAACGGUGUAUUUAACAAAAGUUUUCACGCCAGCACUGCUUUCUAAAAUCUUUUUAUCUUACAGUAGCAAAAUGUUGCAGAUGCGAAAAGUUUUAGAGAAAUUUAAAAACGUGAAAAUAAACUUAAAAAAUACCAUUUGGGCGGUAAACUAGCUUUAGUAAAGCGCUUUUGCGGUUACGUUGCAAGCAUUAAACAAUGAAGAGUAUUAUUAACGAAAUCUUUACUUCAGUUAUUUACGAAGUUAUAAUAAUUGCUGUUUAUUACGUCAGUCUUACAUUUAAUUAUUUCACAUUAAUUUUAUUAUAACAUUUUACUUGGUGUCACAAAGAAAAUAAAAAAUUUUGAAAAACACUGCAAA